CUCAUGCUUGCUUCACGCAAGCUUCUAACGGCGUCUGCUUCUUCGCGUGGCUUCUAAGCCUUAAUUCGUUUUCUCCAUCGGAUACCACCAAACCCUAAAAGCCUUAAUUUCUUUAAAAAGAUCCUAAAGCCUUUCAACUUCGCACCUUUUUUGUUCUUCUUCUUCUUCUUCUUCUUCUUCUUCUCAAUUCUCAAUCCACUAAAAUCAGAAACCCUAACUAUCUAUCUAUAUAUAUAUAUAGCUACAGGAUAUAUAAAUAGUAUUCGUCUUUUGAUUUGAUCAUUAAUUAGUUAAUUAAUUGUAUGUCAUGAGUACUAGCGUAGCUGGAAGCAGCGGCGGUGGAGGAGGUAGCAGCGGAGGUGGUGGUGGCGGCGGCGGCGGCGGCGGUGGAGGUCCGUGCGGGGCGUGUAAGUUUUUGAGAAGGAAGUGCGUCGCCGGGUGCAUUUUCGCGCCAUACUUUGAUUCCGAGCAAGGCGCGGCGCACUUCGCGGCGGUGCAUAAAGUGUUCGGCGCCAGCAACGUGUCGAAGCUGCUGCUGCAUAUUCCGGCGAGCAAGCGCCUCGAUGCGGUGGUGACGAUUUGCUACGAGGCGCAGUCGCGGCUGAGGGAUCCGAUUUACGGCUGCGUCGGACAUAUCUUUGCUCUUCAGCAGCAGGUGGUGAGUCUGCAAUCGGAGCUGGCUUAUCUGCAAGCCCACCUGGCCGCCCUGGAAGUUCCGACGCCGGCGCCGGCGCCGUCGCUGUUCGCACACCCGUCGCAGAUCAUAUCAGACUUGCCGGCAAUGCCGGCGGCGUACGAUCACCUCUCAGCUCUGUGCGAUUCCAUGGUGUACCCGUCCUGGACCCUCCACCAGAGGCAGCAAAUAGACCCCAUACAGUUCCCAGCCGCAGGCGGCGGCGGCGGCGGCGCCAGGCCGGCGCCGGAGAUGGCGUCCCUCAGCAACAACGAUCUUCAGGAAAUGGCACGUGAUCUACUCAACCGGCACGCGCCUCCUGUAACUUGCAGAAACCAGGCUUCUGCUUUCCCUCCCAACUCUUUUUGAUUGAAAAUCUUAAUUUAAGAAAUAAAAUAAAAUAAAAAGGAUCGAAACAAAUUAAAUUAAAAUUCGUUGGUUGGUAAUUUUAUUGUAGUGUUGUUGUCGUAUGUUGUUUUUCUUUUUUUGCUUUUAGUUGGUUAAUUGGCAGCACUGUUUUUAAGUGUCUUCGUCUCUAAUGGAAGGUUACAAUUCUGUAAUCAUAUAUCAGUUGCUUUGCCUCA